UCUAAAAUAAAGUUGAGGUGGAUAAAAGCAUAAAAAAAGGUUUUUCUCUCAAUUACCCUUAAAGCAGCCGCCACCAUCCACCUCUCUUCUCCGGCCAAAAUACAACUUGAAACCACCAGAACCCCACCAGUAAACAACCCAAAACGACCCCAUUUCCCACGAAACCAGACCCACCAGAAAACAACCGAGCCCUCACUUCUCCUUCUCCAUCACAACCUAACACAGCCGCCACCACCACCCAAACACCUUCACCACCGGAGUAACCACACAACCCCUCCUUCUCCAAUUAUCCAGCAACCAACAACAAAUCCAGCUAACGAACUCCACCAAAAGCUCUUUCUUCUCCUUCAACAGCGAGCUUUUGGCUCCAGUGAACAGUCGACAACAACAACAACGCCACGAGCUCCGGUGAGCUCGUGAGCAACCAAACAGACCCCAGUGAACUCGCGACAAGCAGCCGGCGAAACCCAACUGCCACGACGUCGUCUCCGGUGAACCAACGAGCUCCGACGAACUCGUGAUCCAACCACCCACAUCGAAAAUCAGACGACCAGCAAGCUCCAAACUCAAGCAACACACUACAACAGACAAUGAGGUAUUUGAAGCCAUCCAACUUGUUUCAUGAAUUACUGAAGUCAAAUGCACUUGCAAGUUGCCGUAUUCUUGGGUUGGAUGUGGGUGAUAAGUACGUUGGUCUAGCUGUUUCGGACACAACAAAUAAAGUUGCAUCACCUCUCGCUGUUCUCCUCCGCAAGAAAACAAAUAUUGACUUGAUGGCUAAAGAUCUACAGGGUCUGGUUUCUGAACUCAACUUGGGGGCCUUUGUUUUUGGCUAUCCAUUUGAUAGACAAAAAAUUAGUCGAGAUGCUGUGCAGGUGAAGUUAUUCAUUGACGACCUUUGUCGGACAGGGGAACUUAGAGGUGUAAACUACACCUUUAGGGAUGAAUGCUUCACAUCUAAGAAUGUCGAGUUCUUACUACGAGAUUUAAAAUUUCACCCAACACAGUCGAAGACCAUGUUAGACAAAUUUGCAGCAGUUGGAAUACUUCAGGGGUACCUCGACUUUGUUAACAGGAAACACACCUGAGAAGACUCCUAUUAACUUGGUGUCUAACUCAACCUAUGUCUUAUUAAGUUAAUUUCUUCGAAAAAUGGACAUGUAUCUACAUUUAUAUGUACAUAUACUAAACAUUGAAACUAGGAGUAGUAUGUGUCGCUGUAGUUUGUUGGUUCAGUGUAUUUUGUUACUCUCUAUUUUUAUCCUAUGUAUAAAUUGUCACGUUGUAUUCAAGGACAAGACUGUAAUGUUAUGGACCACAGUUUGGGGUUCUUUGUUGGUCAGAUCUUUAGACAUCUUGACCACAUUUUCAUCAA